ACAACAAACCAUUCACAAUGACUGUAGUAGAAUUCUUUUUCGAUAUUGUAUCACCAUUUUCGGUGUUUCAACAUGAAUUACUUCAACGACAAUUGGGUCAUUGGAAAUCGAUGGAAUUAAAGCUGACACCAGUUUAUAUUCGAAAAAUUUUUGAAGCAUCACAAAAUGCUCCACCUGGCUUAAACCCGGCAAAGGGUAUCUAUCUAUUUUCAGAUUUGAAAAUCUGUAGCGAAUUUUACAAAAUUCCUUUCGAUGUACCAGAUGAGUUCAUGAAAAUAGCCAUGGAAUUUAAAUUGGAUAAAACUCAAUUGUUUUUAGCAGCCAUUCAGAGCCAUAUUGAUGAAAGCACUUUUCAACGAUUGGUUGGAACUUUUUAUCGAAAUUUUUUCAAUAAAAAUUUUCAAGAAGUUUGGGAACCAUCUGUAAUGAAAAAAUUGGCUUCGGAAAUUGGAAUCACCAAUGAAGUGAUCGAUAAAGCAUUGGCAUCAAUGGAAAGCCAAGAGAAUCAAGCUAAAUUAGAUAAAAAUUGUAAACAAGCCAUUGAAUUAGGUGCAUUUGGUCUUCCGGUUACCCUUGUUCAUAAGGAAAAUGAUCCAACAUGGGUUUUUGGUUCAGAUCGUAUGCAUAUAAUUGGUUAUUUGUUGGGCGAAAAAGAGCCACCAAUUCUUCGACCUUGAUUCAAAUAUAUUGAUUAAUUAAAUGUUUAAGUACAUACUCAAUUGAGUACAAUAAAUAUAAUUUCAAGCUUUUUUU